UGUUUAAAGCAGCUGGCCCAGCAGUAGACAGCAGGCACCAUGGCACCCAGGAUACUGCCUCUGUUGCUGCCGCUGCUGCUGCUGGUGAUGGCCUGGCCUCUGGCAGUACAGCCUGCACCCCCAACCUGCUACUUCAGGAUGCUGACCCUGAGCCGUGAGAUCAUGGCAGAUUUCCAGAGCCUGCAGGCUUCAGAGCCUGAGGAUCCAUGUGUGAGGUACUUGCCCUGGCUCUACCUGGACAUCCAUAAUUCCUGUGUGCUGGCCAAGCUGCGGGAUUUUGUGGCCUCUCCUCAAUGCUGGAAAGUGGCUGAAGUGGACGCUCUGAAGGAAAGAGUGCGGAAGCUGUAUAUCAUCAUGAAAUCCUUCUGCAGGCGGGACUUAGUGUUCAACUCAGAUGACUGCAAUGCUUUGGAACACCCGAUCCCUGAGACCAUGGGUCCUUCAGACUGGCAGAGCUAAGACAGCAGGUGGGCCAGAAGAACAAGCCAGAGGCCGGAAGCUGGGCUGGCUGUCCAAAGCAGAGCUACUGCACCCCAGACCUCUCUGUAGUGCAGCCAGUGGACCUGCAGUACGUCUCUCUACCUUCUGAAACACUAGUUAGGAUCCUGCUGCCGAGCAAGCUUUGUGCACAGUUUGGAAGUUCAGCUUCUAGGUGUCUCAUCAGUAUAGAAGAGGCACAAAUGGGAAAGUGCACACUGGCUUCUUUUGGGGGCACGAGUAGCAUGGGAAGAGAAAAACCCAUAGCUUCGUGACUGCUUUAAUGAAAUAA